AUGCCAUCGUACCUGCGCCCCGAAGCCCCGUCCGCCGCAGAGCCCGAGGAGCUCGUCGCGCUCGUGCCCCUGCUGCCCAUCGACACCCCAAGCGCGCGGCCGCCCCCGCCACCCCGCCUGCAGCUCCCUCUGCAGGAGCUCGUCGCGGGGUACAUGCGGACGUCGCACAUCGUGCCAGCCGCCUGCCCGCGCUUUCUGCCGGCAGAGAGCGCCCUGCGGACGACGAUGUGCGACGACGUGCCCGCGGACAUGGACGCCGCGCUCACGUCGCUCGCAGCCGCCCGCCGCGCGUUUGACGUGCAGAAGCGGCGCGCCCCACAGCACCUGCUGUCGUACGAGCAGCAAUGGAACUGUGUCGAUCGAUAUGUCCACCCCCGCGCCCUCUCCUCCGGGGCGUCGCGGGGCAUCACGCUGUUCCUUGUGCACUCCGGGGGGUUCUCCCGCCAGAUAUGGGAGCCCAUGCUAAAGCCCCUGCUUGCGCGAUUAUCUGAGUCCGCGACCGACGUAGUGGAUGAGAUAUGGUCCUUUGAAGCCGUGCAGCAUGGCGACAGCGCGGUCAUCAACGACCACGCGCAACGAGAUAUCGUCGAUUGGCACGACCUCACCCGCGACAUCCUCAACUUCCUGUCAACAUACCUCCCCGCGGACCCGGGGGCGGCGCUCGCCACCGUCCUGCACCCCGUCGCGCCGCACGAAUUCGGAAAAUCACGGCGCCGCCGGCUCGUCGGGGUCGGCCACUCCUUCGGCGGCACCAUAUUGGCGCGCGCAGCCCUCGCCCAACCAGACCUAUUCGACUCGCUCGUCCUCGUCGAGCCCAUCGUCUUCUCCGCCGCGUUCCAGGACCGCGGACCCGGCCCCGGCGCGGGCAUGCUCAAGUUCCUCUUCACGUCCACGCUCGCGAAGCAGCCGUCCUUCCCCAGCGCGGCCGACGCGCGGGCAUACUUCAGCACAUACCCGACCUCCGCGCGCUGGGACCCGCGCAUCCUCGAGGUCGUGAUGCGGCACGGGCUUGUUGCAGACUCUACUGACGCACAUGAGGGCGAAAACGGUGAUAGGCCUGUGCGAUUGAAGACGCGGCCGUUCGACGAGACGGUAGUGACGUACGGCUGGCGCGCCGCGCACGAGGUGUGGGCGGCGCUCCCGGCGCUCGAGCCGCGCCUCUCGCUGCACUGGAUCAUGAGCGGGAAGUCCGCCGCCUGGACUGGGGGACGCGCGAUGACGCGACGCACCGUGUGGCGGCGGCCCGCGAACGCGAGCAACGUGCUCAUCCCCGACGCGGGCCACAGCAUCCUGCAAGAGAAGCCCGACGAGCUCGCGGGGGAGGUGUUCGCGUUCCUGUUCAGCAAGUACGGGCAUCUCGACGCGAUGCGGGUGCACAGCGGGCUCGCGAAGCUGCAGGGGCUGCUUCCGUGGGUGUACACAAUGCACAAGCUCUAGCAGCAGAUGCGCGCGCGAUCACGUCGAGCUGGCUGUUGACGGUGGUGUCUUUGGGACUAUCAUGGAUCAUCAAUUACGGUGUUGUACUUUUAGA